CUCUUUUUUUUUUUUGUUUAUUUUGGUACUCUUUUUUUUUCCUUUACAAAAAUGAAUUUCCCUUCAGGAUGGUUUUAUAUUCAAUCCAAAGCUAAACAUGGUAUGGUUUUAGAUGUUUCUUGGGAUUCACUCAAGCAAGCUGCCAAAAUUGUGGUUUGGCCAAAAAAGAAUGGAAAAGGUUCGGAUAAUCAGUUAUGGACAUAUGAUCAUGGUUAUAUUAUUAACAAGAAUUCAGGGUUAGUAUUGGAUGUACAAGGAGGUAUUUUGGAAAGUGAUAAACCUAUCAUUCAAUACAAAAGGAAAAUGACAGAAGACGCACAUAAUCAACGAUGGUUUUAUAGAGAAGAUGGAUUCAUUUACCCACAAAUUGAACCCAACCUUGUAUUAGAUAUUCGUGGGAAUUGGUCUAAACCUGGUACAGUAGUAUUAUUAUAUGAACGAAAACUUUCUGAUAAUGAAAAUCAAUUAUGGACCUUGAUACCUGCUGAUGGCACUUCACCGUCUCCUUCCACACAAAGUAGUUUGUAUCAGGAUGAUGAAGAUUAUUCCUUUAGUACUGCUAGUUAUGCAUUAUAGAAAUAAAAAUGUUAUUCUUUAUGUUGUCUUUUAUAAUACUCUU